GCCGAGGGCAGGGGGCCGGGGGUAGGGGGCCGGGGCCCGAGGCCGCGCAAUGGGCACCUUGCAGCUGAUUGAGGUGGAAGACUUCAAGUCGUGGCGAGGCCGUCAGUCGAUCGGGCCGUUCAUGCGCUUCACCUGCAUUAUUGGGCCCAAUGGAUCAGGAAAAUCCAAUGUUAUGGACGCCAUCAGUUUUGUCAUGGGUGAAAGAACUGCAAAUCUCAGGGUGAAACACCUCAGAGAUCUGAUUCAUGGUGCUCACGUAGGAGCUCCUGUAUCCUCUGUUGCCAAGGUAUCCAUGGUGUACCAAAAGGAGAAUGGAAAUGAAGUGACAUUUGAAAGAAUCAUUACAGGAAAUUCUUCAGCGUUUCAUUUAAAUGGUAGAGCUAUCAGUCGCAUGGAAUAUACAAGUGAGCUGGAGAAAAUUGGUAUUCUGCUGAAAGCCAGAAACUGCUUAGUUUUUCAGGGAGCUGUGGAGAACAUAGCAAUGAAGAAACCGAAGGAGAGAACUCAACUAUUUGAACAAAUCAGUAACUCAGGAGAAUUGGCUGCGGAAUAUGAAAGUAAGAAAAAGGAACUUACAAAGGCGGAAGAAGAAGCUAGGUUCAACUACAAUAAGAAAAAAAGCGCAGCAGUUGAGCGCAACCACGUGAAACAUGAGAAACAAGAGGCAGAUCGUUACAAUAUGUUCAUAGAAGAUCUGAAAAACACCAGGAUUCAGUUGCAGCUCUUCCAUUUAUACCACAACGAGUUGUUCAUAGAGGACUUGGACAAUAAGCUCCAAGAGAAGAAUAAAAUUAUAAACAGUUGGAAAGAGAGGCAGACAGCAGCAGAGCAACAUGUGAAAGCCAUGAAAAAAGAGCUGGGUAAAUUGAUCCGAGAACAGCAACAGAUAGAGAAGGAGAUUAAAGAACAUGAAUUUAGCCUGAAUGAAAAACGACCCAACUACAUCAAAGGCAAGGAAAAUACGAGCCACCACAUUAAAAAAGUCGAGAUAGCAAAGAAAUCUUUGGAGAACAGUGAGAGGCAGUAUAGCACACAUCAGCAAGAGGUGAAGGAGUUGAAGUUAGAGAUUGAAGAUGUGAAUAAAGCAUGGGAUGCAUUUGAGCAAAAGGUACAAAAACAAAUUAUCAGCAGAGGACACAGCAUGGAACUGGAGGAGAGUCAGAUUCAACGAUACAAGGAGUUGAAGGAACUGGUGAGAAAACAGGUGUCCACCAUGACUCAAACAUUGGAGAAACUGAGAUGGGAACAGAAGGCUGACCGUGACAAGCUGGAACUAGAUCAAAGGAACAGUAAAGAUUUGGAACUCCAAGUUAAGCACACAGAACAUGAAAUAGAAGAUCAUUUGAAAAGAGCAGAAAAGCUGGAGGAAUAUAUUGAUAACUGCAAGACUACUCUGGGUGGGCAUAAACAGCAGGAAGAAGAACUGACUAAGUAUAUUGAGAGUUCUAAAGUCCGUAUAGGCCAAGUCAGUGAAGAGCUGAAUGAGGUAGCCAAGGACUUGCAGAACGCAAAGAUUGAUCAUCGCGAAGGACGUCGCCAACAGAAAAAAGCUGAAAUUUUUGAGAGUUUGAAGCGCAUGUACCCAGAACAUGUGUAUGGACGACUUGUGGAUCUAUGCCACCCCAUCCACAAGAGGUACCAGCUGGCUGCCACUAAAAUCUUUGGCAGGUACAUCAAUGCUAUUGUGGUUUCCACUGAAAAAGUUGCAAGGGAUUGCAUUCGAUAUCUGAAGGAGGGAAGGGCUGAGCCGGAGACGUUCUUGCCUCUCGAUUACCUUGAAAUAAAACCAACCAAUGAACGGCUGCGAGAGAUUAAAGGAGCCAAAAUGAUGAUCGAUGUUGUUCAAAGUGUGUCACCACAACUCAAGAAAGUUAUCCAGUUUGUUUGUGGGAACGCCCUGGUAUGCGAGAGCAUGAAAGAAGCUCGUCAAAUUGCAUUUGAAGGACCAGAGAGACUUCAAACUGUGGCAUUGGAUGGGACACAUUUCACAAAAUCUGGUCUUAUCUCUGGAGGGUCAAGUGAUCUGAGAUUCAAAGCCAAGUGCUGGGAUGAAAAGGAAAUCAAUCAGCUGAAAGAAACGACAGAGAAGCUGAGGACUGAACUCCGGGAUUUAAUGAAAGUGAACAGGAAAGAAGCUGAGUUGAGACAGUUGCAGGCUCAAGCCAAGGGUACUGAGAUAAGAAUGAGAUAUUCCUUGAAUGACCUGGAGCAAACUAAGAAGAAACGUCUGGCAAACUGCUACAUGGAAAAAUCAAGGCUGGAGAGCAGUUUGACAAAUUUCAAGUCGGAAAUGGUGAUGGUGAACAGAAGCAUUGAAGACAGAGAGGAGAAAAUGCAGGAGAUUCAGCAUAUAAUGAAUGAAGUUGAAGAUAGGGUUUUUGAAAAUUUCUGUGCAGAAAUUGGUGUCGCCAACAUUCGUGAAUUCGAGAAUGAGCAUGUGAAGCAACAGCAGGACAUCGAUAAAAAAAGAUCUGAGUUUGAGAACCAGAGGACGAGGCUGACAAUUCAGCUGGAAUAUUCACAAAGCAGAUGUAAAGAGGAUGUGAAAAAGAUGCGUUCAUUACAAGAAACUAUUGAAAAGCAUGAUGAAGAACUAGCACAUUUGAAGAAGGAAGAGACACGGUUGAUGAAUAUAGUUGAUGAAGCUAUGGUGGAUCAACGGAAUCUCAAUAACCAGCUGAUAAUGAAAAAAUCAGAAGUCAAAGAUGCACAGAAAGAAGUUGAUGAAGCUAGGAAGAAAUUAGCAAACAUUAGCAGGGAGAUAGCAAAACUUCAGAAAGAAAACAUAUCUGUGGAAACCUCUAUUGAACAAAACAAGUUAGAGAGACACAACCUUUUGUUGGCCUGCAAAGUCCAGGAUAUACAGAUUGAUCUCCUCCAAGGCACACUGGACGAAAUUAGUGAGGUUGGAACAGAAGUGGACAGCACCCAAAGCACAACCACAAUCUAUGAACGAGAAGCUGCUCUGGAAAUAGACUACAGCAGUUUACCAGCAGAUCUUAAAGGUUUUACAUCUGCUAAUGAGUUUGCGGCAGAGCAAAAUAGACUGAAUAAACUGCUUGAAGAAAAGGAGAAUAUUUUACGCAGGACUGCAGCUCCAAAUCUUAGAGCCUUUGAAAAGCUUCACAAUUUGUGGGACAAGUUCCAAGAGUCAUUGGAUGCAUUUACGGCAAGUGGAAAGAAAGCCAGAAUCUGCAGACAGGAUUUUGACACCAUCAAAAAGAAGCGAUGUGAUCGUUUUAACCAGUGUUUUGAGUAUGUUUCGGUGAAAAUUGACUUGAUCUAUAAAAUGAUGUGUCGGAACACAAGUGCUCAGGCAUUUCUAAAUGCAGAGAAUCCAGAAGAACCUUAUCUGGAUGGCAUCGGUUACAACUGCGUUGCUCCUGGGAAACGUUUCAUGCCAAUGGAUAACUUAUCGGGGGGAGAAAAGACCGUUGCUGCUCUGGCUCUGCUUUUUGCUAUUCACAGCUUCCGACCUGCCCCCUUUUUUGUACUUGAUGAAGUUGAUGCAGCUUUGGAUAACACAAAUAUUGGAAAGGUUACAGAUUAUAUUAGAGAACAGUCCAGGAAGAACUUCCAGGUGAUUGUGAUCUCACUGAAGGAGGAAUUCUACUCAAAGGCUGACGCAUUAAUUGGCAUCUAUCCCGAGCAAGGUGAAUUCAUAUCCAGUCGGCUGUCAACUUUUGACCUUACCCCUUACCCAGAAAACAACAAAGAGGAUGAGAUGCAGAAGUUUAAACUGGAACUUUAAGAGGACACGUUUUCAUUUGAAGACAAGUAGUUAAAUUUAAAGGUUUCAUCUUGUGGAUGUUAUCAAUUGGGUUCAGUUAAAUAGUUAGUUUAAUUGUGUUAUCUUCAAACUGCAAUGGUAAUAAAGCAUGUUACAAAAACGUUACUCUCAUAAGAGGCUUGUAAGCGUUAACAAAUACAAAUCACACUCAAAGAGCUACAUUUUAGUUCAGUUACACAUUUGCAGCCAAAGGAUAAUAUAUUUUCAUUUCCCCUCAAUCCGCUUGACAGACUGACUGCUCAGUGUGUCUCUGAGCCUCCAUUAGUAGCCUAACAUUGUGGGACAUUGAACAAAUUUGUGAAUCAGUUUUGUUUGCUAUCCUUUUCUUACUCUCCAACAAAAGAAGGUAAGGUAAUACUUCCCAUUGUAUUAUUUUCUAGCUUCCACAAAGCAAGGAAAGAGCCUCAUUAACGUCUGAACUGAUCCUCUUCCUAGUUAACAUGACAUCCCGUUGUAAUUUCAGCGUUGGGCAAUUUCAAAUAUAAUACGGUUGUCCGUUACAUCCUUGAACACAUUGGCCGUUUUGCCCAUGCAGUCCACCACACCUGCUUCACAGUGUACAGAACAGUGCAUGACACUUUGGAUGUAAUGACCCAAAACAGCACAUUAUCUAGAGCUCUCCUGUGUUUCAUAUUUUUCAUCAGGGCUCCAGGUCAGGUUAUUUCACAUUCAUUUGACCAGUCGGGAAAUUGCAAACUGCCAGUUUCUUUCAAAACAAAAUUAAACCAUCAUAUUUAGAUCAGUAUUGGAUACAACUUCUGAGUGAUUUGUAAAAAAAAAUUGUAGAAUUUGCAAACUCUUAAAAAUUAUUAAACUUCUGGUUGACAAAA